AUGAUAUCGUUCGCAACGAGGAUGAUAACGUUCGCAACGAAGAAGAGGCUUCAAAUCCUCAGAAAAGAAGAACCUGUUGCUCCAGUUAAACCUGUUGUCAAGCAAGAACCUAAGGGCAAGGAAAAAUUGUUUAGUGAAGAUGAAGAAGAGCUGGAUGAAAAAGAGAUUAAAAAGCGAAAGGCUCAUGAAGCCAACUGGAUGAGCACCAACGAAUCAUCCGAGAGGCUGAAGAAAAAGAAAGAGAUGAGAAAGAGGCUCAGGCCACUCUUCAAAGAAAGAAGCUUUUAUUACCCAAGUGGACAAUGA